AUGCGAUGGUUUCCACUCUGCUUUAGAAUAAGCCUUGUCUAUUGGUUGUUAUCGGCGGUAGAAGGCUACAAGAUACGUUUUGGUAGAGAACGGAGUCGUAUCCUUAAAUUGAGGAAACGCAAAAGUGCCUUUGUAGAUCGUCUAAAUUUAAUAACUAAGACAAGAGGAAUAGGCGUAUUCACACUUCAAGCUACUGCAGAAGAUAAUCAACCAAACACACAAACACAAACGCAAUCUUCUACAACAGAAUCCUUUGAAGAAUUUUUACCCAAAAAGAAGAAAAAGCGUCAACCGAAAAAUCCGGUGGUAGAACAGGAUCUCGAACGUUUUGAGCCACUAUUUAGGAACAUUCCUGCUUUAAGAUAUGUAAAGAAAGAGGUUACACGUGACGAAAGACCCGGAGCACUCAACCCUCUAGGGUAUGCAGCACAUUACGUACCGGAUGGUGAUUGGCAAUUCCAUCCUAGUUUAAUAAGGGUUCGUGGGAAGUAUUUUUCCAAGUUAUAUGAAAAGGAGCUAAGUGAUCCUUUUAAAAUGCACGAAUAUGACACGGGAUCUUCUCAAGUACAGAUUGCAGCAUUAACCGCAAAAUUGGAUUAUCUGUCAUUACAUUUCAAAAAUAAUAGGAAGGAUAUCCAAGCUAGGUUACAAAUUAUUAAACUUGGGAAUCGAAGACGAAGGCUUUUGGGAUACCUAUACAGAACAAACAGACCAGCAUUCGAUCUGUUGAUGAAAACAUUCAACAUCGAUUUUGAAGACGCACCAUUCUCAUGUAAAAAACUUUGGUCAAAGUAUGUACAUAUGCAUCAUAGAAAAACAAAGAGGUACACUUCUGCUAAGGAACAACGUUUAGCAACCAAACAACGGAUUAUAUCCACAGCCAACGAAGAAGUGUUCUGA